AUGUCGAAACUAUCAUUUAGAGCACGUCACUUGGAUCCGUCCAAGCAGAUGCCGAUCUACUUGUCCGAGGAGUUGCCCGAUUUGCCCGAGUAUUCGGCCAUUAAUCGAGCCGUGCCACAAAUGCCCAGUGGCAUGGAGAAAGAGGAAGAGUCGGAGCAUCAUCUACAGCGAGCCAUUUGCACGGGCCUCAUCAUACCCACGCCGGAGGUGCUGCAGACGGAUCAGACCUUCUACGAUGCCUACUAUCCGCCCGACUACAAAAUGCCCCGCCAAAUGAUCCACAUGCAGCCGCUUGGCCUGGACACGGAGGUGCCGGACUAUGAUAUGGACAGUGCGGACAAGGAUUGGCUGAAUCAGCAGCAGCGCCUGCAGCUGACCGAGCUGCGAUUCGAACAGAUGAUGGAUCGGUUGGAGAAGAGCUCCGGGCAAACGGUCGUCACGCUCAACGAGGCCAAAACGUUGCUCAAUCUUGACGAUGAGACCAGCAUAUCGGUGUACGACUAUUGGCUGAACAAGCGCCUCAAGACGCAACAUCCGCUAAUACUCAUCGUUAAGACGGAGAGUCGACCGGGGGCCAGCUCCAAUAAUCCGUAUCUGGCGUUUCGACGGCGAACUGAGAAAAUGCAGACGCGAAAGAAUCGCAAGAACGACGAAGCCUCCUACGAGAAGAUGCUCAAGCUGCGACGCGACCUGCAGCGUGCCACAACAAUACUGGAGAUGGUACGGCGGCGCGAGGAGACGAAGCGCGAUCAUCUCAAGACGACGGUCAACAUCUUCGAGAAGCGUGUCGAGCUGCGCGACUUUAACGGUGCUAUCUACUCUGAGCUCAAUGCCCAAUACAAGAACUCGAGACCCGUUUACAAUUCAUUGUAUACGAAUCAAUACUCACAAGGCGCAACGGCAGCCGGAUCGAAUGCGACGGGUGCUCUGCUGACCGCCGGCGGUGUGCUGCCGCCAGGCGUUUUGGCAGCGGCGGGCAACAGCAAUUCGGUUUACGGAUCGUCUGCGCAGUACCUGACCUCAUCGGGUUUGACAAUGGAUGGCAUCAGCGCUGGCAGUGGCAAUGGGAGCAGCAGUCGCAAGGAGAAACGGCCGUACAAGAAGCGCAAACAUAAAUUGCCGCGCGAAAAGCAGCAGCAGCAGCUGCAUCAUCAUCAGCAGCAGCAUCAACAACAGCAGCAGCAGCAACAACAGUAUUUACCAGGACUUGGUGGACUGGCGUCGUCAGCGUCGGGCGUUUCGCCGGCGCAUCUGUCCCAUUUGCAUCAUCUGCAUCGCCAGAGCGCAUCGCCAGCGGCCAUCGAGUCGAAUGUGGACAGCGAGGAAGAGGACUAUCUCGGCGGUGUCGGCGCCCAGAAUGGCAACAAGCUGGGCUCCGAGAGCGAGGAGGAGGCGCCGUUUGCAUUUAGACGCAAGACCAGCUGUAAUUACCUGCGGAUGCGAGGAGCUCAAGAGGGCCGCUGGCCGUGGGAGUUGCCCGAUGAAAACGCUGAGGAAGAAGCGCCGCCCGGUGCGGCAAAUGGGCCUGAGGCUAAAUACCGCUACACGCUCACCUCGGUCAACUAUAUCAGGCCACGCUGCAUUGGAUUUGCGCGACGGCGUCUGGGGCGAGGUGGACGUGUGCUGCUUGACAGGGCCAGCAGUCGGUACGAUGAUCUGUGGUCUCAGCUCGACUAUACGGUGCUGGAGAGUGUUGUGAAGAGCGGCAAGCCAAUCAAACACCAGCAGCAACAACAGCAACAGUCGCUGUUGUCCAAGCCCUGCUCCCCGCCCACCGUCGUCGAUUUGCCCACGUGCAAGGCGACAAAUGCGGACAGUGGCGGAAAUGCCGCAGCACCCGAACUGCUGCUCAAGAUUGAGCCAACAGAUAGCAGUGAGCAGACAUUGCUGUCCAAGGAAGAUCAACAGCAGCAGCAGAAGCAGCCGGCUGUGGAUGAGGAGGAGCCGGAGGAGGAGGCGGAGGAGGAAGACAAUGAGGAAGAGGAUGAGCUGUGCACAGAGGAUGAGAAUGUGUCGCGUCUAAGCGUCUACAGCUCAGCGGUGACGUUGCCACAAAAUUCCUACGAUGUACGCAUGAAACGCCGUCGCCUGCGUCGCAAAAAGCAGCAGUUGCGAGAACUUAAUGCCGCCAAGCGUCUGAAGAGUGCCACCAUCGAAAGCGAUGUGGUUGGCAGCAACAACAUGGGCGAGGCUAUCCCCCUGCCGCUGUGUCCGCUGCCACGCGCCUAUUUGCAACGUUUAGCGCUCGCGCUGCAGGCGACGACAACGAAGCCGGCGCAGAGCGCAGAGUUGCUAAUGACAGAUGAGGUGACGAGUGGGGAGAAGCAGCAGCAACAGCAGUUGCAGCUGCAGCAGUCGGCAGAGCAACGGGAGCUCGAGUUGAAGCAGGAGAUCUGCGAUGAGCAGCCGUUGCGACACGCUAAUCAUCAGCACAACCACCACCGUUCCAAUAAUAAUAAUAAUAACAACAACACCGUGUUUAAUAAUAAUAAUAACAACAACAACAACAGCAGCAACAACAAUAGUAGUAGUAAUAGUAAUAUGAAUAAGGAUGUUAGCAUUAGCGAAAAAUUCAAUGUGAUAAAAGUGGAGGAAGCGGACACGGACGCCGAGGAUGCAACUAUUGGUGCUGCUGCCAAUGAGCAGCAGCCAGUUGCCUCAACAUCGGCGGCAGCAGCUGCAGCACGCGCUGCCGAAGCCGCAGCAGCAGCAACAACAACAGCAGCAGCAACAGCUGCCACAACAAUAGCUGUAAAUGCAAAUGAAACGGUUGAGGAUGUGGCAAGGACGAUAAAGCGUGAACUGAUCGAUGCAGAUGACUCCAAUGAGCCACUGAGCAGCAUACGAACAGCGGCAACCAUGCAGAAUCAGCAGCAGCUGCAGCUGCAACAUCCGGCGGAUCUGUUGGACGACGACGAGGCCGAGGAUGAUGUGAAUCUGGCGCAGUUGAGCAGCAUUAUUCGUCACACGGCUGUCAAGAAGGAGCUGCAGGCGCAACAGCAGCAGAGGCAAAAGCAGGAGCAGCUGCAGCUGCAGGAGAGCCAACAGCGCUGCUUCAACCAGAUGCCCGACGUCAUUCGGCUGCACAACAAGCAGCUGCACAUUGAUGCUGGUGGCGAGGGUGCUGCGGCGCCAACGGAGGACGACAACGAGACCUACGACUAUAUGGGCGGACUGUCGCCCACGUCCAGUCAAAGGUUGGACAUCUGCAAUGAGCUGCUCUCGGAGAUUCGACGCGAUUGGCUGCACUUCCGACCCAAGACGCCCACGGACGAACUCUCGGACAGCAAUCAGGGCGAUGAAGACAAUGGCAAACUGUGCUCGGAUGGUGGAUUAGUGGACUGGACUCAGGAUACGCCCAUUAGCAUCGAGUUGAGUCGUCUGGGCAAGUGCAGCGGUGAUGCUGAUGUGGCUGCAGUUGAAUCAUCCGCAGCUGGAGCCCACUUCAUGAGCAGCACCUUCAAAUACACGGAUCUCGAUGCGGAUGCACAGCUGCUGCAGACUGCCUAUGCGCUGGACUACGCUCGCGACAGCAGCAGCAGCAAUCGUAGUUCGGAUAACGGUGGCAACGGUGCCAAUGGUGAUUGCUCCGACUGCGGUUCGGGCACCGGUUCGGGUUCGGCGCUUGAGUUCAAUCUCAGUGGCGGUGAUUCGCUCAACGAUAUCAACAAUCUGCUGGGCGACGAGCAUAUGCUGGUCAACAUCCUGCAAGAGUGCAGCAUGGAUGACCCCAAGGCUCUCAAUCAGGCCACCAACUUCUGGAACGGCAUUCUCGACGGCGAAGCCGCCGUCGUCGAUGAUGUCGAAAACGCCGAGAAUCUGCUGGAUUGCAAAACAACGAUGACGCCGAAUGCAGCCUCCUCCUCGGAGCUGAAGCGCACGGCACGCUAUCGAGCGGCUCAUCAGCGUGGACCGCUUGCAUCCAUUGGCAGCUCCAGCUUCACCAUGGCCGAGAGCGUCGAGGCGUCGCCUCUGUUCUUUAGCACUGCAACAGCAGCAGAAGCAGCGCCCGUUAUCAAGCAGGAGGAGGAGACGCCAGCGCCAGAGGCACAGUCACAGCCAGAGGCGGCAGCAGCCACAGAGCUUGCGUUGCCAAUCAAGUUGGAGCCAGCGGAGGCGACACCAGCAACGAUAUCUUCGAUACCAGCAGUAGCAGUAGCAGCAGCAGGAGCAGCAACAACAGCCGUAGCAGCAACACCAGCAGCAGCAGUUACAUUAACAGCAACACCAACCCCGCCCGUCAAUGUAGCAGCAGUUCUCCCAGUUGCAACAGCCGUGGCGACAACAGCAGUUGUAAUUCCAGUUGCAGCAGCGCCAGUUGCGCUGGUUACCACCAACACCACCACUGCAGCAGUCGCAGGAGCAACAACAACAACACAUUUGCUUAACAUACCCGCCCAGAUCACAACGCAACAGCAACAACAGAAGCCUCCCACUCAGGUGGCAGUGACGCAGCAGCUGCUCAAUCAAUUCAAUGCGACACCAGCUGCUGCCGCACAGCUAAUUGCGCGCACCGAGUUCGUAAGCAGUAGUGGCACCGCUGUGGGUGACAUUGUAACCAUAACGCCACACACCGGCAGCAGUCCAUUGCAGACGCAGACGCUGCCGACGUUGACGCCGCAACAGCAACAGUUGCAGCAUCAGUUGGCGCAGGCGCAACUUCGCAAUGUUACCGUGCAACAAAGACAGGCAACACCCCAGCAGCAGCAGCAGCAGCAGGUGGUGCAGCAACCACAGCAGCAACCUCAACAGCAAUUGCUCUUCCAGAUGCAGCGUGAUAUCAGCGGCUCACCGGCUGUGAUCUCCUCGCAGAGCAUUGUGACAUCGCGCAGUGGCAACCACAUGAUCUAUACGACCAGCAGUGGCGAGAUUGUGGGCGGCCAGAAGGUCACCUAUGCCAUACAGAAGAGUAGUGGUGCGGGAGGUGGCAACGCCUCCAUUGGACCCAACACGGUCAUCACACUGUCCAAUGUGAAGCUGCAGAACGAUGACAGCAGCUCCUCGCAAUCCUCCGCAGCCUCUUCGAGCGUCAACAUCAUCAACACGGCGAGUGGCCAGCAGCUGGCGGUGCACAGCAUUUCAGGGAUACAGCAGCAACAGCAGCAGCAGCUACAACAGCAGACAACAAGCAGCACGCCCCUGAUUGUGACCACGCCCACGCGAAACAAUAAUGCCCAUCAACAGCAGCAGCAACAGUUGGUGCAGCAACAGCAACAACAGCAGCAGCAGCAACAACCGAUUGUAUGGCGUCAAGUGAGCGGCACAAAUACAGCUGUGGCAACAACAGCGGUGCUCUCCACCACCACAGCCGAUUCGGCAACGGCUGUGGGCAACAAGAUUCUGUGGACGAGUCGUGCGACGCAGAAGCGACAGCUAAACGGACCCGAAAACACAGACAUUAACAAACUGCUGCUGAACCGUAAAUUCUCGCAGCGCAAGGUGGGGCAGCAGGCGGUGGCACAGCAACAGAUUCAGCUGACGAAGCAGCAGUUGCAGCAACUGGUGCAGCAGGAAGAUGAGCUGGUGGCCAAGUGUGCCGGCGAGCAGCUCACCUUGCAGGACGGCAAUGAUGCAAUGCAGCAGCAGCAGCAGCAACAACAACAGCAGCAGCAACAGCAACAACAUCUGCAGCAGCAGCAACAGUUGCAAAAGUUCAGCAAGGUGAUAAAAAUGACACAGUUCCCAUUGCUAGUCUCCGAUCUGAAUCUGCAACAGCAGUCGGGCCAGCAGCAGCAGCAGCAACAACAGCAGCAGAAGCCCAACUCGGCGGCGGCGAUUGCAGCCAAUCACAAUUACAGUCUGCAGCCGGCGACGGCAAUUAUAACAUCGCAGGCGACAGCCCAGCAGGCCAACAAGAUCUUCCUCACGAGCAGCAACAGCAGCGGUGGCGCUGGUGCCAACUUCACCAUUGCCACCGCCAGUGAACUGCAAGCAGCGGUUGCCGCCAGCAAUGCGGGUCAACAGAAGCAGCUCCACUACAAGGAGCUGCCCAAUUCCAAUCUCAAGUUGAACUUUGUGAGCAGUGCGGCAACCACGAAUGCCGGAGACACGCUCGUCAGUCAGGCCACCCAGCAGUUGGGCGCAACGACUGUGGUGCUCAAUAAGACAGGUGCACCACUUCCCGCAGCCAUCCAACAACAACAACAGCAGCAGCACCAACAGCAGCAGCAACAUCAACAGCAGCAGCAACAUCAGCAGCAGCAGCAGCAACUGCAUCAUCAGAAACUCAAGACGAGUGCUGGUCCUGUGCAGGCAGGAGAGAAACGUGUCCUGUAUACGAGUCUGGUGAAUGUGAAGCCGCUGCAGAAGAAUAGCGGACAGAUGCAGAUGCAAUUGGGUUCGGCGGGAUUCCAGCAGGUGUUGCGCAACAGAUUCAGCAAUUCGGCGAUACUCACCCGCACUCUGCCCAUUGGCACCACCGUUAACAGCACGGGUGGUGCUGGUGGUGGUGGUGGUGGUUCUACAACACAAACUACCACAAUACGCCAACUUGUCACGAGUAGCAACAAUGCGAGCAGCAACAAUGUUGUCGGCACAGCAGCGGAUACAAUUGCCAAGGAGCAAUUGGGCAAGGCGCAGUUGACUGUGGAGCAGGUGAUUGCCAGUGCUAAUAAUGGUGGUGUUGUCCUGCCCACCAGCACCACCAAUAAUAACAACAACAACAACAACAGCAAUAGCAACAAUAGCAACAACAACAAUGGCAACGGAUCGGGUGGCGCAGGUGGUGGAGGUGGUGUGAAUGCAACGACGAGCAACGUGAACGUGAAUGCAACGCCGACGAUCAACAGAUGA